UGUUUUUCCACAUAUUCUUUCAGGCAAGCCCAAGGUGUAUCAAGGUGUUAGGGUAAAAAUCACAGUCAAGGAGUUGCUGCAGCAAAGAAGAGCACGGCAAGCAGCAACCGCACCUUUUGAUGCAGAACCCAUCUCUUCUGUUCCCAACUAUUGUCCAUCGUGGCAGUUUUCAAACUGCCUUUCCUGUGAAGAAAGCCCUGGCUAUUUGGAGCAGCUGGUAGACUCCUGCCUUCAGACAGAUGUGCCCUUAGACCCAGCCUUCAACACUUUCCAGACGUCCUCACACUACACCUCAGACGCCUUCCAGCCAGUCCCACUCUGCUUUAACCAGGGCCUGGCUGCUGGAUCCCCCAGCUCAGCUGAUGUGCCCAGCCCACUAAACCAUAGCUGCUCUCCUCCUCAGCUACCUCCUUUCACCCCACCGACCCACAGCCCACCUUCCACUCUGGACACCAAGACCUAUGGCCACCCUGCAGAGGAGUGGUCCUGCCACACCCCCUCCCCCUACGCCACCUCUGCUUGCUGCUGCUCAGCCUGUGGCUCCCAGAUUGUGGACAACAGGGUCCCCCAGUAUUUCUCCUGUCCCAGCACGGACUGCUUGGACUACCUACCACCCCUGGCUGCAGCUGAUGACUUCUUCAGGAGGGAUAGGAACUGUGACAUCUGCUAUAGCUAA